UUUUUAAUCAACGUUAAUUAUAAUAAUUUUCCCCAGGACCUACGGGACCAUAAAGCGGCGCCAAAAUGUGUGAUGAUGAUGCAGGAGCUCUAGUCAUCGACAAUGGAUCCGGUAUGUGCAAGGCUGGAUUCGCUGGUGAUGACGCCCCACGUGCUGUCUUCCCAUCCAUUGUCGGUCGUCCACGCCACCAGGGUGUGAUGGUCGGUAUGGGUCAAAAGGAUGCCUAUGUUGGUGAUGAAGCCCAGUCGAAACGAGGUAUCCUCACCUUAAAGUAUCCAAUUGAGCAUGGUAUCAUCACAAAUUGGGACGACAUGGAGAAGAUUUGGCAUCACACCUUCUACAAUGAGUUGCGCGUGGCUCCAGAGGAACAUCCAGUGCUGCUCACUGAAGCCCCACUGAACCCAAAGUCCAACCGUGAGAAGAUGACUCAGAUCAUGUUUGAGACUUUCGCUUCGCCAGCAGUCUAUGUUGCCAUUCAGGCUGUCCUCUCUCUGUAUGCUUCCGGUCGUACAACUGGUAUCGUUUUGGAUUCUGGUGAUGGUGUCUCCCACACUGUCCCUAUCUAUGAAGGUUAUGCUCUGCCUCAUGCCAUCCUUCGUAUGGACUUGGCCGGUCGUGAUCUGACUGACUACCUGAUGAAGAUCCUGACUGAGCGAGGAUACUCUUUCACCACCACUGCUGAGCGUGAAAUCGUUCGUGAUAUAAAGGAAAAGCUGUGCUACGUCGCUCUGGACUUCGAGCAGGAAAUGCAAGCUGCUGCUGCCACUUCUUCAUCGGAGAAGUCUUAUGAACUUCCCGAUGGUCAGGUCAUCACCAUCGGUAACGAGCGUUUCCGUGCCCCAGAGGCUCUCUUCCAGCCUUCCUUCCUUGGAAUGGAAUCGACUGGUAUCCACGAGACUGUCUACAACUCGAUCAUGCGCUGUGAUGUCGACAUUCGUAAGGAUCUGUACGCCAACAGUGUCUUGUCUGGUGGUACCACCAUGUAUCCAGGUAUUGCUGAUCGUAUGCAGAAGGAAAUUACUUCCUUGGCUCCAUCCACCAUCAAGAUUAAGAUCAUUGCCCCACCAGAACGUAAAUACUCCGUCUGGAUCGGUGGAUCCAUUCUGGCUUCCCUGUCUACCUUCCAGGCCAUGUGGAUCUCCAAGCAAGAAUACGAUGAAGGUGGCCCAGGAAUUGUCCACCGCAAGUGCUUCUAAGCUAACAAAUGAACUCACCACAACAAGCCAUUGCCAAUGAAAGCGACAACAGCAACAGCAAAAUAAACCAAUUUAAACUGAUUCGGCUACCACCGACAAUCGGAAUCAGCUUGCAUCGAACAUAAAAUCACGUUAUCCAAUGUUACUGUCAUCCGGCUCAGACAAAUCGUUACUUUCUCUUGUUCAACACCUACACACUGGAUGAAAGUGUCGAACCGAAAGGACUCGUAUGAUUACCAAGGGGAGCAAACAUCGUUUACCUUGUAGCAAGUCUUCGUGAAGAACGGACAUCUCCAGCGAAUCGCUCAAGCGCUUAACUUGUUUUAGAAGUUUAGUGUGUACCAUAACCCCGUUGAAGAUCUAUACUUAGCACCAUUACCACCUUUAUGUGUUCAACCAACCAAAAAUGAAAGGCUACUGAAAGCGCGACCAGUAUCCGCGAACUAUUCAUCCUGUUUUCUAUUCUGUAAUAUUUAUACAUUUAGUUUCAAAUAAUUUUCAGUAAUAAAACAUUUCAAAAUAUGUUGUAUGAA